AUGGUUUACGACUGGGCUGGGAAGCGGGACAUCUGCUUCCAGAUGUACAUCCAGGAAAAGAAGGCCCUGGAGGAGAUCAUGGAAUACAUGAGGACUGCUUAUCAAUUUGCGCCGAGUAAGCGUGCCUUCCAGACACAGUUCAAGCGAUGGGGGUUUCCCUCGAAACAGAACCCUGCACACAAGAAUGUCGAGCUCGUCGCCCGGGUCAAGGAGCUUUGGGAGCAUAACACCAACCAGCGUGAUAUGCUCCGCAUUUUGAAUGAUGAAGGUUUCGCGAUCAAGGAGAGGGAGCUGAUGCGCGUUCGCGCCAAGAACCGCUGGCUACUUCGCGUCCCCAAUGGCAUGAAGUCACAAAUGAAUGCCGACGCACGAAAUACACAACCAGAGGACGAAGGACUCCUCGCGCUCCAGCAGGAAGUUUACAAGCAAGACGAGUCCUUUGACGGUGCCGACUCCAUUCCUCCCGAAUCCGGUGCACCCACCGCAGCGCGUUCCUCGUCGCCUGGUCUGGCGCCUGAAGUUGUAGCGAAACGCAAAGAGCGCCUGGACCGCCUGAAAUCAGAGAGUGCAGAGCGAUGGGCGUCCAGAAAGCGACGGCGCCGUACUCGUGGGUGGGCUGGGUUACCUGCUGACCCUCCAGGGCCCCCUCGCUUUCCCUCGGAAACCACAAUCGAUGAGAGCAAACAGUAUCUCAGUCUGGACAAUACAAUGUAUCGCCAGCUGAGAGAACACUUCCAGCGGAUUUGUGAGGAGGCAGGUUUCAUUAAAAAGACAAUUGCUGGUCCGGAGCGAUGGCAGGCAGCGAAGGACAAAUUGAUUCAGGAAUCUCCCCAUUUACAGCACGUGUUUAACACAGAGCCCACCCAGCGCGAUGCGAAAGCCCUGGCUCUUGAUGUUGUCUGUACAGACGUGACAAAACGAAUGAGAACUCUGGAGAGACGUAUAACCAUCGCCGAGGCUAAGAACGCCUUGGGGGUCAACCCGGAGGAAAGUCGGCAGAUCCGUAACGCCUUCUAUGAUACCCUCAAGGCAGAUCAUUUCACCAGCAAGCUAGAAACAGGCGAUGAACAUUGGGGGGAGCUGAAGGCGCAAUGGAUCCAUAAUUCGCCACUGCUUCAGCGGAUCCUUGAACCCGGACCGGCCGACCCAGAACACGCAACCAAGUUGAAAGCCUUGGAAGUGCUAUGCCGGGACGUCAUGAAACGGCUUCGAGACGACCAGACUAAGCGAGACCCAGCUCGCAAGAGAUCUGCACCACGUGCCAGCGCGCAAAGCACUGCACCAUCCAGCAGUACUCCCAUGAAUAACAUGCUCGAGAACGGUAUCAGUAAUGGGAUCAGCACUCUUGCAUCUCAAGCGCUCGCCAGUGCCCCAAUUUCCGCCAGUGAACUUGGUGAUAUGCAAAUCGAUCCUUCGCUGCUGCAGGCAGCUAACGACCCAUCUUCGUUCUCGGCAAAUACACAGCACGAGGCGGGCAGUGCUUUUGAGUAUAUGGACCCCAUGCUUCAUUCGUCAUUACUUAACACCACUGUCUGGUUUCAGAGUAGCCCCCAGAGUCAGCUCCAGGGGGCACCAGCCAAACCCUGGAUAGAUAAGCUGGCAACCCGAUCCGUGGAAGAAGUACGCCAGAUAAUCACUGGCCGUUAUCCUUACUCCAUCCUUAGCAAGAUCGAGGGCAUGGAUAAGGAUGAACAUGAGAAUGAGACAUUUUUCCCUAUUGACGAAGAUCACGAACUGGAUGCCUACUUGACGCACGUUCACGGGAGAAAGGCAUUACUUGUCUUCACUAUUGGCCAAAUUUAA